GAGUUCAUUAAGGCCGGGGUCUCGAAGGAGGAGCUGGCGUCGGAGGCCUGGAAGCCCACGAUGGACAAGCUGGCCAGCGUCAAGGAGUCGCUUCAGGUGGAGUUGGCUCGCAUCGAUCGCGCGGCAGGCGAGAUGCUGGCCACGAUCAGGAACCCCUGUUGGGACGGCAAUUCGAAGGCCCUGCGGGAGGAGUUGAAGGCGUUGAGCGACUCGCAGAAGGACGUUGAUUCCCAUGCCGUCGUGGCCAAGAGGCACAUCAGCGACGCCAAGGCGCAGUGGGCCAAGAAGCAGGAGGUCGGCGUUGGUAAGAAGCGCAAGUCGACGGAUGAUGCGCCGCAGAUGGAGGUCGCCCUAGACAGCAACCUCGGCCCCAUGAUGCAGGUCGUCGCGGCUGAGACGCGCGGCAAGCCCAUCAACGUCUCGGACGACCUCGCUGCCCUGAGCGCGGGCAAGAUCACCGUGGUGGCGGUCCCCGAGCGGCGCAAGGAUGUGGAGGCGGCGGCCGGCUGGAAGGCUUGCGAGUCGUGGAUGCGUGGCAAGGUGGAGCUCUGGGGCUCGCAGGGCGCUGCGCCCGCUUUCGGCUCCGUGGUCCAGCCAGCGGUGUUGGCUCAGAUCCGCAUGCUCAGCCAGCUGGAGAAGAAGGAUGUUGGGCACCUCUUCCGCACCGCCUUCAUCGCUUCGGGGCCCAAGGGGCAGGCGCUGUUCAAGGUGCUGUAUGGGGCCCAGUGCUUCAUCAUCCCGCGCUUGCAUUCCUCGGUGUCGCCUGCGCCGUAUGGCAUGGCCGAGUGCCGCUUGAUCUUGGAGGGCGAGGAGGUGGUAGUGGGGGCCAAGAUGGACGUCAGCGAAGGAGGGCUCGCCUUCCAGGCGGACAUGCUGAAGAACCUGUCAGGCCACGACAUGCUGCGCUUGGCCAAGCAGGACAACAACUUCUGCUGCGUCCUGAAGGAAGGCGACUUCGCCGUUCUUCCGACGGGCUUCGUCUACGUGAUCUUUCGGAACUCGCUGGUGAAGGGCAUCAGGUGGGGCAUGUCGCCCAAUUGGGAAGGGGAGCUGGCCAGCGCGGAGAAGACGGUCUCUGCCGCCAUAGAGGCCUACCCAGGCAUCCGCGGGACCAUGUACGAGGAGUGGUGGAAGUGGUUGCAGGCCAACGCUGCUGGUCAAGAGGCGCCGGCGGCGUAG